AAAUUGUCGAGUGAACGAGUGAAAGAGAGAGAGGGGAGAAAAAAAAGACUGAACCCUUCCCACUCUCCAAAAAUCACGGGGAGUGACUGUGACAGGAGGAAGGGGACAGAGAGAGAGAGUGAGAGAGAAGAGAGAGAGAAGAGAGAGAGAGAGAGGAGGAGGAGGAAUAGAAGAAGUCCUCGUAGGAUUUUAUCACACUUCUUUCAGGACCGUAGGGACCCGAACGGACCACUACCCAAUAACUAAACUGGACUGAUACUGAUCAAUAUCGGUGAUCGACAGCGGAGGCAGAUCUGUGGUGCAGACUCCUGCAGGAGCAUGCGGCUCGGUUUACUAUUCAGGCUCUAUGUGCUGUGGGGCUGUGUGGUGGUCACGACCUCCGUGACCAAAGCUGCCAAGAAGAAGGUGGCAGGUCGUAGGUCCAGACAGGUGUUUGAGGCGGAGCCUGUGGAGGGGGUGUGGUCUGUCUGGGCGGAGUGGUCAGGCUGCUCUCAGACCUGUGGCGUGGGCGUGUCUCACAGGAGCAGGAAGUGUUUACCUCCUCCACCUCCACAAGCCCCUCCCCUCACCCACUCUUCCCCAAACUGGGCAGGAUAUGGCAUCAGAGGUCCCGUCAUCUCACCUAUGCGGCCUUUCUACCCUCCUCGUCACCCUGGGCAACAUACACCCUAUCACUCUUCACCAUUCUCCCCCAAUCAAAACCCAGGAUUGUCUCUGUACAGGAACACUCCGGCUGGAGGGGGAGGGGCCUCUUUACCGGCAUCUGGACAGACCAAUCCAGCUGCUCCUUUUUAUCCGCCAGAAUUCCCCCCAGCCAAUCAGGACCGUGCGUCUGUUUAUCGAUCUCCCUAUCAAGCUCCUUUUCACGGCUACAACAACCAGCCAGGUCGGAUUAUCAGGAGACCACCCAGUCCAGGUGCAGUCAGACCCGGAGGGGGCGGGAACAGACGGUCCAUCUCCACCAAUCGGGAGGGAGUGCCUACAAGGAGGUCUACCAUCCGUCCAGGACAGUUCGGAUAUGGAAAAGUCCCGUUCUCUCUGCCUCUGCACCGUCCCAACAGACAGGCUCGUCAUACAGCGAAUAGUACAGAUGCCGCAGACGCCUCGCAGCCUCCAGAGCUAACUGCCAACGAAGAGCAUAAGGAGAACAGCAGGAGGGAGGAAGAGGAGAGGGAGGCGGAGCAGGAGAGCACAGGGACACCUGCCGCCGAGGAGACGCCAACUACAACCACCACCACAAGCAAACCCCACCGCCCCGUGAACAGACCGUCACACACUGGUACACAUGUGAGGGGGAGGGUCUCACCCCCUUACUCUUUCUCACGCUCCUCAUCUCCGCCUGUUGUCCCCGGCCGCCGACAGUUUAACUGGCACUCCGUCACCGCACCGCCUCCUCCGGUCCCACCUCUGUCACGCCCAAGCUCACCUGACAUCUCAUCCCCUUAUUCGUCGCCUCUGCACCGCUCCAGCCCUCUGCACCGAGACAGAGACCACCACCCGGCCUUCAGCCCCCAGGCCCCGGCCGCCGGAAACAUCUAUCCACUGCAGCAUCCCAACAUCCCAUAUCUGGGAGUAGAUGCAGGCCAGGAGGGAGGGAGAACCACACUGCAGAACUACAGAUGCUCGGGGCCGGAGAAGGAAUACCGUCGGUGUUUUUCACAGGUGUGUGGAGGUGUGUUGGACUCCAGAGCAGAGCAGUGUGCAGCCUUUAACACCCAGGAGUUCAUGGGUCGCCUCUACAACUGGGAACCUUUCAAUGAGGUUGGUGCAGAUAAGCAGUGUGAGCUGACCUGCAGACCAGCCGGCUAUCGUUUCUAUGUUCGUCAGGCUGAGCGAGUAAGAGACGGAACACCCUGCUUCAACAUCAGUUCAAAUGAUGUGUGCAUAGAAGGGCGAUGUUUGACGGAGGGUUGUGAUGGGAUCCUGGGCUCCAGUUCUGUGAUUGACAAGUGCGGAGUCUGCGGUGGGAGGGACACCUCCUGUCGAAAGGUGACGGGAAGCUUCCAAAAUGUCACAGUUCCCCUUGGUUACCACAAGAUCCUGGACAUCCCAGCCGGUGCUACAUUCAUUAACAUCACAGAGAGGCGAGCAAGCCCUAACUACCUGGCCAUGAGGAGCGGCACAGGUGCUUCGGUGGUGAACGGGCGCUGGGCUGUGGAUCCUCCGGGGGAGUACCAGGCAGGGGGGACCACCUUCACCUACACCCGACCUAGAGCGCAGGCAGAGGGGGAUGAAGACAGAGGAGAGACCCUCAGAGCUCCCGGACCCACCACCACACAGCUACAGCUAUAUAUCAUUUUCCACCAGCAGAACCCCGGCAUCGACUAUGAGUUUUACAUCCCAGUGGAGAAGAAGGAGGUGGAGAGGGAGAGGCUGAUGGAGAGAGAGAGGGAGGCGCCAAGAGAGAGGCAGAGGGAGCAAGAGGCGGGAAGGGCGCCUCUUCGAAGUCCACUUACUGUGUCAGUUGAAGACCCUCCUCCUGCUCCUCCUCCUCUUUCUAUUCCUUCUUUUGCCUCUUCUUCAUCCUCCUCCUCCUCCUCUUCCUCUGUGUUUGCCCCUCCCUCCUCGGAGAGAUGGACACCUGAGCGGUCUCAUCCUAGGGGCUCGGCACCAAACAGAAAUGCUCGGAUCCCCCCACGCACUGACCUGCCACUGGACACUCAGCCACCGUUUGUAUGGAGGAGAGGAGGGUUCACAGAGUGCACUGUAUCCUGUGGAAAAGGUUCUCAAUACAGAGUGAUUCUCUGUAUUAAUCGGCAUACAGACGAGGAAGUCCCUGAGAGGAAAUGUGACUCUGCAGCUAAACCUGCACUGGAGGAGGAGCCAUGUAACACACACCCCUGCCCUCCAUUCUGGGAGGCCAGUGCGUGGUCGGAGUGCAGCGUGUCCUGCGGCCCCGGGCUGCAGCAGAGGCAGCUCCAGUGCAGACAGAGCUUCGGGAACCGCUCAACCAUGGUCCACCCUCAACGCUGUGCCAACCUCACCCCACCGGAGUCCACACAGCCAUGCCAGCUCCGCCUCUGUUCCCACUGGGAGGUCAGCUCCGACUGGAGCACAUGCUCUGUGGAUUGUGGAAUGGGGAAGAGGACGAGGAGUGUCCGCUGCGUCAGUGAUGAAGGCAGCGUGGUCAAUGAUAAGGAGUGCAACUCCAGGCUUCGACCGCAGGGAAGCGAAGAGUGCAACAUGGGGCCCUGUGUAACGAACUGGUACUUCACCGACUGGUCCAACACUUGUUCAGCCCAGUGUGGACCUGGCGUACAGAAGAGAGAGGUGGUGUGUCUGACCCGAGGAGGCGUCAGAGAUGGUGGAGGAGGUGGAGACUGUGUCGGGGAUAAACCAGCGGAGAUGAAAGCCUGCAAUGGAGGCCCCUGUGAGGCAAUGACCAUGUGGUACAGCAGCCCCUGGACACAGUGUAAUGUCCCAUGUGGGAAUGGCACUCAGCGACGAGACAUUAUUUGUGUCCAGAGGAUGGGGAGUGAUUUCAGUGUUGUCGCAGCCAGUGAGUGUUCUCAUCUGGACAAACCUGCUCCGGUCCAGGAGUGUGAGAUGGGCGAGUGUCAGCCUCAGUGGUUCACAACAGAGUGGAGCGCGUGUUCCCGUUCUUGUGGAAAAGGUGUCCAGAUGAGGGAGGUGCGAUGUCUUACACCAGACAAAAAGCACAGCCAUGAAUGUGAUCCCACCUCCAAACCUCAGCAGGAGCAAUUCUGCAACACAAUACCCUGCAGUCCACAAGUGGCAGAUGAAAACUGCAGAGACAGAACUCAUAACUGUGUGAUGGUGGUCCAGGCCAGAUUGUGUGUCUACUCCUACUAUAAGACCGCCUGCUGUGCCUCGUGCACCCAGAGUGCCCAGCGUGCAAAGAGGCACUGACCGGCCAAUCACAGACAGACAGCCCAGGUGUGCAAGAAGUGAAGGAUUAGGUCAAAAGGGCUGACCCUUUCUGAAACGAGCAGCAUGCAGAAAUGGACAGCCUGGAGUCAAUGUAAACCUGUGAUGGCAUUUUGUUUGAAUAUCUUUUAGCUAUUUUCUCCUGAUUCUUCAGGUAAAACACUGUGAAAACAACCAGUUCCUUCUUCCAGUUCUGCGUAUACAGUAAAUCUUCUCUCCCAGAACCACGUAUUCCACUGAGCGCUUACUUCAGUAGGUUCAUAAUGUGUCACAUCGUGAUGUAUUUGCUGCAUUUUCCACUCUAGGAGGUCCAUUUCUGUGGCUGCAAGUUUGUAAUGGAUGAUGCUCACUGAGGACACUGCUGUGUAUCAGCAGUAAAACUUGCCUUUUUUUUUUUUAAAGAUUCCUCCAAAUCUAUGGGAUGUUUAAACACAGUCAGACAUACAUACCACUAAUUCUACAAACCAAUAAUUAUCAAAUGUUAUAGAUAAACUUCAAUCUACUGGAAUAGGUCUACUCCAAACGUCUCCCACUGACACUUCCCCUAACUAAGCUACAAGGAUCUCUUUUACAUACUUUAUGUCUUUAAUGUUUGCCAAAAAUAAUUCCUCAAGUGUCCUCUUAUUGUUCAGUUCAGUAUUUGAACAGAUGAACCAAAGGAGUGGAGCAACUAUGGCAGUAAGUGACCAAAUAUAUCUGGGAAGGAAGAUAGAGGGGAUGUAAUUAUGUUACAUAUCCAUGCAGUUAUUUUUUUGGAUAAUCUUAAAAUUAACAGCUCAGGUGUGAAGACUCAUGGUUACAGUUACCUUUUAGUAACCUCUAAAACCCACUUUCCACAUAUAAAAUAACAUACAAUAUUAAUUCAGAUUUUAAAAGUAAUUAAGAUACGACCUGUUAUUCAAAAUGUUUUUAUAAUGUCAACAAAUCAAAUGAAAAGCUCCAAAUCCACCUCAUUCCAGCUAUAUUAACUGUGUUUAUCUUUAUGAUUGUCUUAAAGUAAACAUUAACAGUCCUCAGUACAUUUUUGAGUAGUGAUACCACCGGAUAUUUUAGAAAAAAAAAAUAAAAAUCUCUGUUUACCUCAAUGAGUGACAGGUGCAUCAGAGGAAAGUACAACUUGAAAACAAAGAAAAAAAACCUUCUACACACAGUCUCAGUUACUGCUGAAAAAUUUAUUAGACUACCAUGUUUCAGUCUGUACGACCUUCAUCAUUUAUAUGGGCAGCAUCAAGGCACUCUCACAUAUGCACACAUAAGAGCUGCUUCCAUCAUCAUGUCUCCAUUGGGCAAAAAAAUCAUGUAUUAUAUAUCAUACAUAAUAGGAAUCCUCACCUAAAAAUGUUUAAUUGUACAGGGCAUCUCUAGGAACACCUUUUUUUUAUUUUUCAGGAAAACUGGUAGAAAAUAUAGCAACAUACAUGAUAAAGAAAGUAGUUAUAUUUAUAAAAACAGAAGCGGUAUCCCCACUCCAUUUGGAAAUGGCACAUGGAUUAUAAUACACCGAUUACAUCCCACUUUCUCUUAAAUGUGUUUUUUAAUCACAGUAUUUGUCAUUGACUGAUAAAAAGCAACAGACACUGAUGACCAGACAUAAAAUAGGUCAGUUCAACCUGAACAUUCCCACUUUAUGGAAGGCUUAAACCUGAUUCAGUACCUCAUUUCAACCCUGAUUUUUGGUAAAUCCUGCCAAGCACAUUUUGCUUGAUUUUUCCUUUCAUAUAGUCCCCAUUUUCUGUACUGAUUCAUCAACACCUAUGUAGAACAAUGUCACUAUGAGCUGAAUUUACAAAUGGAUCAUCUUAGGCACAAUCAAAUAAAAGAUCCAUGACAGUUAAAUUAAAUAUUUUGUUCCCACAAAUGACCAAUGAAUUUUUAUUGGCAGCAUCCAUGAUACAUGCCGUUUAAAUCAUGCAUGUAAUUUCUUGAUCAUUUCUUGAUAACCAUUUCUUUAUUUUUUUAGAUGCCCUGUAAUCAGAUAGUCUUAAAGCAGAGGGAUGUUACUGUAUAAAUUAACAGAUGACCUGGCUUGCAUGCUAUUCAUUUAGGUUGCAGUGUCUUUUGGUCUGUGUGCAUAUAUGGAAGUGUUGCAACACUUGAUGAAACAUCGACUCCAAAUGAGCUCAGAGCACUAUUGCUCCUGUUACUUGUAAUGAAGGAAAUCAGUGCAGCUUUACGGCUCACUGAAUGGUUUUUAGUUUUUAGACUUUGGACAGUGGUGAAUUGCGCAAAGCAGCCUUUAGACACGACCAUCACUACUUGUUCCUAUUCGCUAUUUGGUCUUUUUACAUGAUUUGUUGACAUUUCUAUCACCAUUCAAACAUUUAUUUUAUAACAUGUAGCUUUAAUGGAUCAUAAUGAAUAACCUGUCUAGUACCAGAGCAAUUCUGCAAAAAUAGCAGAGUAAAAACUCCAUGUCCUUUCCAUUUUCACACCUUAUCUCUGCAUCUCCUCUUUUUGCAUCACCUUUCUUUUCUGAGCAGAGAUGAUGAAUCUGUCCUCCCGGUGAAGCUACAUUUAAUUAAUGAACCUGAAGGACAUAUUUUCAAUUAAAAACUAAGAAAGCUGCUUUUUAUACAUAAGUCUUUUCAUAAGUUGCUUAUGAUGGAUCAAAUGCUAUUAUCCUGCUUUGACCUGAAAGUAAAUAUUUUUUAUUCUGAAAUGCUAUUUUCUCUGUAUAUGUAUGUAAGUACUCUCUAAUGCUCCUUGUCCUUCUCUUGAAUUGACUGUUUUUUCACAACACAAAACACCCAUAUACUCACACUCUGCCCACUCAAAGGUGAGGAAUCUGUAUAUUUGUCAGAUAUGUUUUAAUGUCUAUAAAUUCUUUGAACAUAGUAGGCGCUUAUGUUUUUUAACUAAGUAGAGUCAUCAGACGUGUCGUUAUAGACUGUAACUGCAUUUAUUCACAUCUAACUGUCAUAUACUUGUUGUAUUUUGCAUUUGACGAGAGAAUCAGUGAUUUUAUUGUACUUGUCUGUGUGGGUGGUGUGUGUGUAUGUGUGUGUGUGUGUGUGUGUGUGUGUGUGUACAGCUGUAUAUUUUGCGAUUGUGGCUUGAAUAUGUCAUCCCUGUCUCUAAUCCCAUGUAGUAAAAAACACAUUUUAUAUAAAGAGGAUAGUAAUUUAUCUGUUAUCUAAAGAACGUGUAAUUUAUUAUCUGUUCUAAAGAGCUGUAGCAAAUUUUCUUUGUUACCACCAGAGUUUAUGAGAUUGUUAUUAUUGAAACACAGGCAAUUUUUUAUAUUUGCAUAAACAAAAACAGGGUGGGAAAAUUACGGUCAAAAGCUUCAUUUUAUUUUCAAUAAAAACUGAAACAACAGAG